AUGGAAAAUAUAAAUAAUUCAAAUAAUAAAAAGGAAGAAAGAACUCCAAAUAGAAAGAAUAGAAAAAAAAAUGGGAGAAAUAGAGAUAAAAAAAAUAAUACUGUACAUGAUAAAGGAAAUAUAGAAAAAUUGGAAAAAAAUAAUGAAUUAAAUUAUAGAGAUGAAAAAGAUAAAGAUCUAAGUAAUAAAUUAGAUGAAAAUAAUGAUAGAACAAAAAAUAGUGAAGAAAAUUCAAAAGAUUUCAUAAAAGUAGAAUAUACGAGUUCAAAUGACAAGGGAAUAAUAAAUGGUAAAGAUGAAAAUGAUAUAAAAAGUGAAGAUUUAAAAAAUCCUUUAGAAGAUAAUAAUUUAAAUGAAAAUGAUAAUUCAUAUGAGAAAAUAAAAAACAAAGGCAACAGUUCAAGUAAUGCUGAAAUAGUAGUAGAACCACUAGCAUUUGAAGAAAAGUUAAAAAUGUGGAAAGGGACAGUUGAUUCAUUAAAAGAAAAAAAAGAAGAUGAAAAGAAAAUGCAGGAGCAAAGACAAAUACAAAUAGAAAACAUAAAACUUGUUCAUAGUAUAAAAAAAGAGGAAAAGGUAUUACAACAGAUGUAUUUAGAACAGUUAAAAAAAGAUGAAGAAUUGGCAAAGCAGUUAGAACAAGAAUUAAAUGCAGAAAUAAGAAAUGAAUUAAGUAAAAUUGAACAAGACGACUUUAAGCUUGCAACUAUUAUUCAAAAUUCUUUUGAUUCAGAACAGACUCAACAAAUUAAUAAUGAAAAUAACGAACAAUUAAAAAGUAAAAAAUUAUCUAAAAUAAAGUUAUUAAAAGAAAAAUUUAGGAAUUUCUUUAAAAAAAAAUCCUCUAAAUAA